UCCUAACAUUCGAUAUUGCUUGCAUACUAUCACUUCUUUUUCUGACAACUAGGGGUGCUGGCUGCAAGAUGACGUUUCGAAGUGUCACGUGAUCGAAGGGAUCGGUUCCUCAGUGAAACUACUUGUCACUUAUACUAAGAACCGUCGGUUGGUAGUGAUGUUGGGACCAGCGGGUGGAGGAUAGAAAGAUACUAGUAUUGAUUGAUAACAUUUUAUUCAAGAAGGAGAGAUUGUUGACAUACGAGAACAUUUUAAACUUAGAAAAUGAAGAUAAAAGUAGAGCCAGAAAAUAAAUAUUCAGAAUUUACAUUCAACGGAGGUGAUGAAAAGUUUGACGUUUUAAAUAAUUGCAAGAAAGAAUUUAAUACGGAUAACAAAACAUUUUGUAGAAGAAUUAAAUCAGAACCUUUAGAACAUAAAAAUUUACAGAUAAAUAUUAAAGGAAAGCCAAUUUCCACGAACAACACAAACGGAUCCACCAUUUGGAGUCAUUCUGGUUAUAAAAUCGAAAGAGAUAUCAAGAAAGAAGAAGUAGAAGAGAAUUAUGAAGUAAAACAUGGUAUAAAAUCAGAAUGUAAAGUUGAUUUGAAAAAAUUGAAGAUUGAAGUAAAGACUGAAGAUUAUAAAGAAGUUGUUCAUCUUCCAGAUGAUAAUGAACAGGUAAUGUUUGUCAACAAUGAAUUCUUUACUCCGGAAAGAAACUCUAACGGAAAUGAAAUGAACAUUGAAAUUGAAAAGGAAGAACAAAUUGAGAAACGCGGUAUUCAGCAAAAUUCAGAAAAAGAAGAACAUUUUAAAUAUAAUAUCAAAACAAACAAAUACGUUCCUUCGACUAGAAAAUGCAAUACAAUUCAUGAUAAGAUUAAAAGGAAAUACUUCAAGAUUAUGUUUGCAUCUCAUUCUAAACAAGAAUUUACGUGUGAUUUAUGUAAACAGACUUUUAAAAAUAAGAGCAUAUUACAAACACAUCUGUUCUGUCAUAUUGGAAAAAAACCAUUUCGCUGCACAACCUGCAAUAAGAAGUUUUUGUGGCAAUUUCUUUUGCGAAGACACACGAAAAAACACAAAACUGGCAAUGAAAUCGAAGUAACACAUAGGAAUUUACGUUUGCAGCCAUCGGAAAAUCGAAUGAAGUCAUCUCCAAGAAAUGGUAAAAAAUCUAAUAUUCAGCGGAAAAACGUGUAUUGCGACAUUUGUGGUAAGAGCGUUCCAUACGGUAAGGGCCGUUUAGAAAGACACAUGAGAAUACACAGAAGUAAUGCCUGCAAAAUAUGUGGAAAAGAAUUUAGAUUGAACCGUAUAUUGCGGAGACAUGAGCGAACGCAUAGUGAAGAACGUCCUUUCAAAUGUGAUAUUUGCAAUAAGAGUUUUAAAUUGAAAGAGUAUUUAAAAAAGCAUUACGAAAUUCAUAAUGAUGAAUGUAACUACAUUUGUCAGGUAUGUAACAAAAGUUUUAAAACAAAAAAAUCUUUGGAAGCUCAUAAAAUAGUUCAUAGCAAUCAAUUUAACCAUACUUGUCAGGUAUGUAACAAAAGUUUUAAACGCAGUUUUUAUUUAAAACGGCAUACUCUUGCACACAGCAACGUUCAUAGCAAUCAAUUUAAUCAUAGUUGUCAGGUUUGUAACAAAAGUUUUAAACGCAGUUCUUAUUUAAAACGGCAUACUCUAGCACACAGCAACGAAUACAAAUAUUUUUGUGAUAUAUGUAACAAAUUUUUUAAAUCAAAAGAGUCUUUGCCAAAGCAUAAACUUAUUCAUAGUAAAAAAUCUAAUAUCAAGCAAGAGUACGUGUAUUGCGACAUUUGUGGUAAGCGCGUUCCAUAUGGUAAGGGUCGUUUAGAAAGACACAUGAAAAUACACAGAGUUCAUGCCUGCAAUAUAUGUGGAAAAGAAUUUAAGUCGAAAUAUAUGUUGUUAUAUCAUGAACGAAUUCAUAAUGAAGACCGUCCUUUCAAAUGCGAUAUUUGCAGUAAAAGUUUUAAACGGAAAGACUAUUUAAAAAUACAUCACACAACUCAUAGUGACGAACGUAACUAUUCUUGUCCGGUAUGUAACAAAUAUUUUAAAACAAAAGUUAAUUUGGAAGCUCAUAAAGUAGUUCAUAAUAAUCAAUUUAACUAUACUUGUCACAUAUGUAACAAAAGCUUUAAACGCAGUGCUAGUUUAAAACAUCAUAGUCCUAUACACAGCAACGAAUACAAAUAUUCUUGUGGCAUAUGUAACAAAUACUUUAAAACAAAAAACCAUUUGUCAUAUCAUAAAUUAGUUCAUAGUAAUCAAUUUGACCAUACUUGUCAGGUAUGUAAUAAAAGUUUUACAUGCAGUUCUGGUUUAAAACAACAUAUUCGUAAAUACUGCAAUAAGUGCAAAUAUUUUUGUCGUAUGUGUAAGAAAUAUUUUAAGACAAAACAUUGUUUGGAACAGCACAACAUUAUUCAUAGAGAUACAUAAAGGCAUGUUUGAGACGUAUGUAAAAAAGUUUACACCAAUACAACUGUUUUAACCAGACAUUGUCGUAUUAAACAUGAAAAUAUGUAUUUAUGCUAUAUCUGUUGAAAGCUAUUCAAGACUGAAUUUACGGUAAAAGAAAAUUGGAAAAUUUACAUUGAAAAAUGUAAUAUUUGUAAUAAAUGAUUUAAAAGUAAAAUCACCUUAAUUAAUCACCAGAAACUUCAUUAAGACAUAAAACCGUUUUCUUGUUAGAAUUUUAACAGACGUUUCACCGACAAACAUGUAUUAAAAUGUCACGAAGCCACUCACAAAGAAGACAAUCUUCGUUACGUUCGUGAAGUAUGUAAAGACGUUUAUUAAGCCAUCAACUCGUUUAUCAGAAUUAAGCGUAUUUUUGGAGAAAUAGUAAAAGCCGAUUUAAAACAGAAGUUAAACUGAAAUUACAUUUAAAAUCUUUCGUUCAGAAAGAUUUUCAAACAAUUACCUUAUCAGUGUAAACAGACUUUUACUUGUGGAGAAGUUUUACAGAAGCAUAUGAUUACUUUUAAUAAUCAGAUUCAUUUCUACAGUAUCAAAAAAAUUUAUAACAACAGUUAAAUUCCAAACUCAUCAAAAGUAUGUUCAUCCCACAAGAAAUAAACAUCAAUGCAAAAUAUGCAAGAAGACAUUUAAAAAACGGAUUGAAUUGUUUGAGUAAAAGUUUUUCUUGUGAUUUG